UGGAUCAACUUUGCGUACUUUACCGCUUUACGUUUUACUGCGCUUCACCAUUCACAUUAAUAUUGACGACAUAGAAUCAACUUAAAUACAAAAUUAAUUGAAUAAUCUUUAAAAAAUGGUUUCAAUAACUUUGCCAAUGGUAGGAAAGCUUACUAAACUUUCUUUGGAUCAUUUUUAUAUUAGUACGAGAACAAUUUUAAGUAACAGGACAUCACAAACAUCAAUAAAUAAUUUAUGUUAUCAAAUAAAAAAAUUUGGUACGGAGCAGAAAAAAGUUGAUGAAAGCAGUAGUUCAUCACCACCACCAUCAAUUGAACAAAUGACAGACAAUGAAAAUAAAUUAAAAUCUGAAAUCGAAUUAUUAAAUAAAGAAUUAAUUGCGUUGAAAGAACGAAAUAUUGAACUAGAUAAUAAAUACAAACGUGCAUUGGCUGAUGGGGAAAAUUUACGAGUAAGAUUGACUAAACAAAUAGAAGACGCUAAAUUAUUUGGUAUUCAAGGAUUUUGUAAAGAUUUAUUGGAUGUUGCUGACAUUUUGGGUAAAGCUACUGAAAGUGUACCUAAAGAUCAACUUACUGAACGUAAUCCUCAUUUAAAAACUUUAUAUGAAGGAUUAAGAAUGACUGAAUCACAAUUACAUAAGGUAUUCAAAAAACAUGGAUUAGUUUCUGUAAAUCCUUUAGAUGAAAAAUUUGAUCCCAACCAACAUGAAGCUCUUUUUCAACAGGAAGUUCAAGGAAAAAAGCCAGGAACUGUUGUAGUUGUAUCAAAAGUUGGUUAUAAAUUACAUGAAAGAAUAGUAAGGCCAGCACUAGUUGGAGUUGCCAAAGGUUAAUUUAUAAUACAUGACAAUUUAUUCGUUAUACUAAUUUUUUUCUUUUUUAAACUUAAGCACAAUUAAUUUUCAAUUGUAUUUAAUUAUAAAAUUACUUA